GCGAUUUUAAUCUACCAUCAGUUAAAUGGUCGUCUGAUCAGAAAACCCCCAUCCACAUCGGAGGACCUGCUGAGAAUGAAAUCUUUUGCGAUUUGGUAGACGACAACUUCCUUCUGCAAUACAUACUUGGCCCUACCCAUACUGCUGGUAAUAAACUCGAUCUGUUGAUGUGUAACUCUCCUGAAAUCGUCGGCGACGUCUCCGUUCUCCAUCCCGAGACCUGUGGUUUCCCAACAGAUCACUACAUCGUGGAAUUUGACGUGAAGUUGAAGUUUAAAAGAGCCAAGCCAAUAAAGCGCCGAGUAUUCGACUAUGGAAAAGGAAAUUUCGAUGAGCUACGCAACUUCCUGACACGAUAUCCCAUCAAUGUUACCCCAACUGAUAGCAUUAAUGAUGACUGGGAACAAUGGAAGGAUACUUUCUUAACUACGGUGAGAAGGUACAUUCCGAUGAGAACUGUCAAAGACAAAAAUAGUCCACCAUGGAUCGAUAAAGAAGUGCGUCAACUUAUCCGUAAGAAGUACAAAGUUCUAAAACAAUACCGCAGGAACAAAUCUGCUGAUCGAAAGCGUAAAUUACGAAGCGUUACUCAACAAAUCAAAUACUUGAUUCGAAGUAAACACCGAGGCUAUCUGGCUAAAAUAAAAAGUUCGUUCUGUGACAACCCCAAACUAUUCUGGAGUUACCAUAAAUCAAUUCUUCACCACCGGACAGGUCAGAGCAACGAAAUAACAUAUAAUGGUUUCACAGCCAAGACGGCGAAAGAAAAAGCGGAUCUUUUUAACACUUACUUUUCUUCAGUGUUUCGUCCAUCUUCUACCACUUGUAACCAGACGCCUCGAACGGAAAGCAAAGAGAACAUCUCGGAGAUAACAAUCGAUGUAGACGAAGUUGCGCAAUUUUUGCGUGCCCUUGAUACAUCGAAAGCAUGUGGCCCCGACGGGAUUCCAGCUCGCCUUUUACAAGUAUGCGCCCUUGAAAUCGCACCAAGCAUAUGUGAGUUGUUUAACCGUUCCUUGCAUACUGGUCAUGUUCCAUCUGAGUGGAAAUCUGCGAAUGUUACACCCGUCCACAAAAAAGAUCUUAAAGAACCGGCGGAACAUUACAGACCAAUAUCGUUGCUGCCCAUCGUUGGCAAAGUACUAGAGCGUUGCGUGUGCAUCAGACUAUAUAAUCAUGUCAGGCACCUCGUCACAAAAGCACAACAUGGCUUCCUUAGACGGCGAUCUUGCGUUAAUCAACUACUAUCGGUACUACACGCCAUCGGACAAUCCCUUGACAAAAACGUUCAAACUGACGUUAUCUACCUCGACUUUGCGAAAACUUUUGACUCUGUCGAUCACCAAAUUCUCCUCCACAAGCUUGCGUCAUACGGUGUGUCAGGUCAUUUAUAUGAAUGGUUCGCGGACUAUCUCAGUGGUCGUCGUCAAAGGGUUGUGAUUGAUGGAGCUACAUCUAAUUGGGUGCCAGUUACAUCUGGAGUGCCGCAAGGCAGUCUCCUGGGUCCUAUUCUGUUUGUGAAAUUCAUAAACGAUCUUCCCGACAUAUUACCUGACGAGACUUUGGCAGCUUUGUAUGCAGACGACACCAAACUGUACAAGUCCAUCACAUCAGUAGGUGACUGUGAAAGUUUGCAACAAGCUUUAACAGACCUUGACUGCUGGAGCCGUGACAACAACCUCAAUUUUAACGAGUCGAAGUGCUUAGUGUUGACAAUUACAAGGAAAAAAACCCCGCUGACGUACGCAUAUCACAUGGGCUCAAAGGAACUUACUCGUGUGAAUAAGGAAAAAGAUCUUGGUGUAUUCAUAAAUUACAACCUCUCAUGGGACGAUCAUGUUCAUACCAUCACCGCCAAAGGGAACAAGAUGCUUGGCAUGCUGAAAAGAACUUGCCCUCUACUGACUAACACCGCAGUGAGGCGGACGCUGUAUUGUCACUCGUGA